AUGUUCCGACAAGCCUUGUCGCAGUCCAACGUGACCCGGCUGGGUCUGGUGGAGCGGGUGUUGUCGUCCAGCGUGACCUCGGCGGCCUGCCUGGUCUUCCUCUUCAUCAACGUCGUGAUGAUGCUCACCUUGAGGAGCAAACGGGUGUUCCGGGAGACGUCUCGCUACAUCCUGCUCUUCCACCUCCUCCUGGCGGACACGCUGCAGAUGGCCAUCAGCCAGGUGUUGUACCUGCUGCACGCCUACCGGGUCAUCCUCACCUACCCCCAGUGCGGCGUCCUCGUCAUGCUCACCAACCUCACCAAUGACAUCACCCCUCUGGUGCUGGUGGUGAUGUCCCUGGAGAGAUACGUGGCGGUGUGCCACCCUCUCAGACACGCCUCCAUCAUCACCGUCAGGAACACGGGGGCGGCCGUGCUCUCCGUUUGGACUUUCUCGUUCCUCCAGGUUCUCACCGUGGUGCUCAUACUGCUGCGGUUUCCCUUCGACCAGCUGGAGACUCUGAAGAUGCCCGAGCAGUGCAGCAGCUCCAGCAUCAUCCUCCUGCCCCUGUCUGAUCAAUACCGAACGGGCUACACGGGGUUUCUGUUCGGCUCGGCGAGCUUGGUCAUCGUCUGCAGCUACAUCGGCGUGGCGGUGGCAGCCAGGUCGGCGUCCACGGACGGGCAGUCGGCCCGUAAAGCCCAGAAGACUCUGCUGCUGCACCUGUUGCAGCUGGGCCUCACCGUCCUGUCUGCGCUCUACAACACCACUUUGAUGUUUAUGGCCAGGGUCACCCCGUGGGUUACUUUUAUACGAAUGCAAUCUUUUAUGUUUGUGUGUUUUUUCUUCAUGCCCAGAUGUAUGGGCUCGCUCAUCUACGGCCUGAGGGAUCAGACCAUCCGAGCCGUCCUCAUGCACUAUUUCUGCUCUCCGUCCAAAGUGGCGGUCGCUCACGUCAAAGCUGUGAUCGCGUCCUGA